CAGACCCCCAAGGAUGCCGUGAUAUACGACUAUCACGUGACGUUUGAGCCGCAAGUGGAGGCCCGUGUGAUGCGGAAGGCGAUGCUCUUCAGCCAUAAGGAGUCCUUCGGCAAUGUGUUGGUCUUCGACGGCAUGUCUAACAUCAAGUCGACGAACAAAUUGCCGGCCGCGGAGACGGAGUUCUUCAGCGCCCGGCGCACAGAUAACGUGCAGAUCAGGAUUGUGGUGAAGUUCGUGGGCGAGAUCUCGUGGGGACACCAGGAGAUGAUGCGUAUGUACAACACGCAGAUGCGGCGCAACCUGCAGCUCCUCAAGUGGAACCUCAUCGGUCGCCACUACUUCCACCCGGACAUCAAGCAUAAGAUACCGGAGCACCGGCUGGAGGUGCUCCAGGGCCUGCUCACGGCCAUCAACCAGCACGACGACGGCAUACUCAUGGUGUGCGACACCGUCCACAAAGUGAUCCGUUCGGACUCCUGUUACGACACACUGCAAGAGAUGAUCCGGAAGGACAGGGCCUCCUUCCAGGACAACGCCCGGCGCGAGAUCGCCGGCAGUAUUGUCAUAACCCCGCACAACAACCGCACGUAUCGUAUCGAUGACAUCGCCUUCGAUAAGAACCCGCAGCACACGUUCGACCGCAAGGGGACGGCUGUGUCGCUGAAGGACUACUAUAAGGAACAGUACGGUCUGACCAUCAAAGACGACAGGCAGCCGCUGCUCGUAGGCCUGCCCUCAGCCCGCGAGGAGAGGGCCGGACAACAGGGACCUCUGCUACUGAUCCCCGAGUUGUGUAAUAUGACGGGUCUGUCGGAGUCCCUGAAGAAUGACUUCAAUGUCCGGCGACAGAUGACUCAGAAGACCCAAACGGAUCCCACGACUCGUGUGAAGAAUUUGCAUCAAUUCAUGGCUCAAGUGGUGAACAACGAGGAGAUCAAGAAGGAGAUGAGCCAAUGGGGUCUGAAGUUCGAGGCGACGCCCGUGGAGGUGAACGCCCGGCGCCUGGACUGCGAGAAGAUCAUAAUGCAGGGCGAGACGGCCGCCACCGGCGCCACGUUUGUCCAGAAAACGGGUGAUUUCAGUAAAGAGAUUCGCGGGAAGGGUAUGUUCGCCGGCAUCCGCAUCACCGACUGGACCAUCGUAUGCACGCAACGGGACCGGCAGGUGGUCGACGAGUUCGCCAAUACGCUGAAUAGAGUGUGCAAACCCCUGGGCGUGAACCUGAAUCGGCCGACCAUUACGGCGCUCGACAACGACCGCACCAGUAGUUACGUGGAGGCGUGCAAAGCGGUGCCGCCCACCAAUCAGAUCACGGUAUUCCUGUUGCCCAACAAUAAUAAGGAGAGGUAUGACGCCGUCAAGAAGAUCUUCUGCAUCGACCACCCGAUGGCCAGUCAGGCGGUCGUCCGCAAGACAGUCGACAAUAAGCAGCGCCUGAUGUCUGUCUGCACGAAGAUUGGCAUUCAGAUGGCCUCCAAGUUGGGCGCCGAGCCCUGGGCUCUCGACAUACCGGUGAGUAGUAGUCGUGUGUGCAGUGAUUGGAGGCCCAAAGACCUAAUGGUCGCUGGUUUCGACGUCCACCGGGACAGUAGUCAACGCGGGAAAGCCAUCGGCGCCUUCGUGUGCAGUACGAACGCCACGCUCACCAAAUGGUACAGUCGGGUGUCGUUCCACGACAACCGCGAGGAGCUGUCCGGCAAUUUGGCCACUAAUUUCUCGAGCGGUCUCAAGCGGUACUACGAGAUAAAUAAGAAGUUGCCGCAGCGGCUGGUCAUCUAUAGGGACGGCGUGUCUGAAGGCGAUCUCGAGUGGGUUUAUAACUACGAGUUGAAGCAAAUAGAAGAGGCCAUCAAGAAGAUAGGCGACGCCGCGGCCACCAUUAAGCUCUCGUUCAUAAUCGUCACCAAACGGAUCAAUACGCGAUUUAUGCUGAAGUUAGGCGAACGCCAGUUCGAUAACCCCUUCCCGGGAACCAUAGUCGACACGACAGUCACCCGUCUGGAGCGCUACGACUUCUACCUCAUCAGCCAAUCGGUGAGACAGGGAACGGUAGCGCCGACUAUGUUUAAUAUCAUCAAAGAUGACACCAAUUGGAAGCCACACCAUCACCAGCAGUUGGCCUACAAACUCACACAUUUGUACUACAAUUGGAUC